AUGCUAGUAAAGGAAUCUACCCAUGAUGUGAAGACGACUGUCUCCGGAGAGGGGCAGAUGAGUGAGUCUCUAACCCGCCUCCUCUGGCAUCCAUUAGCUAGCAAGGCCACCGCUAACACGAGCAUUAUAGGAAUAUACGUCUUCCAUCCCACUAUCCCAGGCUAUCCCAGUGCAAAGUUCCCCGGAGUAGUAGUCUUCAGCGAGAUAUACCAAGUUACUGGCCCGGUUGCACGGUUUGCACGCAUGAUAGCUGGCCAGGGAUAUAUCUGUGCUGCACCAUCUAGCUACCAUGAAUUCACCGGCCCCGAGCCACUGCAGUACAAUGCCGAGGAUACAGAUAACGGCAAUAAAUGGAAGAUCACCAAGAAACUAGCUGCGUAUGAUGAGGAUGCUCGUCUUUGCGUGGACUACCUGCUCUCCCUACCUACUUGUAACGGUCGCGUGGGUGCCACUGGAAUGUGCCUGGGAGGCCAUCUAGCGUACAGAUGUGCACUCGACUCACGUAUCCAGGCUGCCGUGUGUUACUUUGCAACAGAUAUCCACAGUCAUUCGCUUGGAGAAGGGAAGAAUGAUGACUCUCUUCAGCGAGCAGGUGAUAUCAAAGGGGAACUGGUAAUGAUCUUCGGCAAGAAUGACAACCACGUCCCAGCGCCAGGUCGAGAUUUGAUUCGUAGCACCCUGCAUGAGAAGGGUGUCUGCUUCAGCUUCUAUGAAGCUGCUUGGGCACAGCGUAUGUCACAGCUAACUAUCUAUCCCCCAGACUGCAGCAGCCAUUAUGUACCUCCUACGGAGAAUUAG